UCAUCCCCUCCUUCUGCUGCCACUCACAUCCUGCUGUCAUCAGGGCCACAAAACAGGCAACCAAGUCACACAGGAGACGCCCUGCAUGAUGUCAGACUCACUGGUGGUUUGUGACGUGGACCCUGAGCUUAAGGACAAGCUGAGGAGAUUUCGCUUUAGGAAGGAGACCAAUAACGCUGCUAUUCUGAUGAAGAUAGACAAGGAGAAGCAGUUGGUGAUCUUGGAGCAGGAGCUUGAGGAUAUUUCCCCUGAUGACCUACAGAACGAGCUCCCAGAACGUCAGCCUAGAUUCCUAGUGUACAGUUAUAAGUAUCAGCAUGAAGAUGGCCGCGUCUCGUACCCACUCUGCAUGAUAUUCUCCAGCCCAGUAGGAUGCAAACCGGAACAGCAAAUGAUGUAUGCUGGGAGCAAGAACAGGCUGGUGCAGACUGCGGAGCUCACAAAGAAAUCUACUGGGAAUAGUAACCUGUGGAGCGGAGCGAGCCACCUUGCCUGAAGAGCAGUGAGCGGAGCGAUCCCACGAGGGUGUUUGAGAUCAGGAAUACCAGUGACCUGACAGAAGAGUGGCUGAAGGAGCGCCUGGCUUUCUUUCGUUAAACUGGAACUGUGUAUAUAUAUAUUCUGCAGCUCUGAUUGUAUAUCGGUUGUACUAAUAAAUACAAACUCUGUAACAUACAA